AUGGCGGUGGCUGCCGUGUCGCCGCGUGGAGUGGCAUCCGUCCAACCGACGCGGCAGCCACCGCCAGUGGUCAUCGUCGUGGGCCACGACAUCGAUGCCUCCGCCAUGCCCCUCACGUACGAGCGAAACCGGUUUGUGACAGACAUGCUGCGUCACUAUGCCUGCCCCGCCUUCGUUCGGAAGGAAGGCGGCGGUGCAGCGGACGCGGCCUCCAGUGACGUGUUUGAGUGGGUGGGCGAGCCCCUUCCGGUGGUUGGGGUGGCGGAGAUGACUGCAUUUCAUGACGAGGCGUACGUACGAUAUCUGGCGCUUCGCGAGACCUUGUCGGAGGUGGAUGAGCGGGCAUCGUGUGUGAAGCGUUCAAGGGCGGGGGACAUUCAACCCCCCGUUUCAAGAAAAGCCUUUGCGCAGCUGCGACCCCCACCGCGUCUUCUGCCCGACCUCGUGCCGAUUCCGACGGAUGAGGCAUAUGGCCUUACCGGCGACAACACGCCUUUUGUAGGCAUGUGGAGAACUAUUCAAACCACCGUCUCAGGCACCCUCUUAGCUGCCCGUUUGCUGGCUUGCUCCGGCCGCUUUGCCGCGAUUCACUGGUUUGGUGGAAGGCAUCAUGCCAAGCGGCGUACUGCGGGGGGAUUUUGCUUUGUAAAUGAUGUGGUUCUUGGGGUUCUGGAGCUGCAAAAGUCACUUCAUCCUGCCGCGAAUCGCAUCCUUGUGGUGGACCUAGAUGCACAUCACGGCGACGGCACACAGGCGGCCUUUUUGCACGAUAGUUCCGUCUUGACCCUGUCCAUGCACGCACACGGAGUUGGGAUCUUUCCUGGAACGGGCGGAAUCGAGGAGAUUGGUGCCGGGCUGGGGCGUGGCUUCGUGAUGAACAUUCCAUUGCCAGCCGGUGCCACAGAUAUUCUUGCCGUGCCUCUGGUGCAUCGAGCUAUUCAUUUCGCGCUUAGAAAGCUGGGUGAAAGUCUGGGUGCGAUUGUCAUUGUCUGUGGCGCAGACGCCCUCAGUGGAGAUCCGCUGGGCGCCCUCAAUCUCACACUUGGCGGGAUGCAAAGCGUCGUCCGGUUGCUGCUCCAGGAGGCGGCCCACCGCUCCCUCAAGGUUCUUCUUCUUGGCGCAGGCGGCUACGUGGAUGCGAGCUGCGCCCGUCUUGCGGGGGCAAUCACGAGGGAUGUGCUCAGCUGUGCGGCGGCGCUGCGCCUGGGCAAGACAGAGUACUUUGGGGACUCGGCCAAUCUGUCGACUAAUCUCAGCGUGGCCGUCCCGGAUGAUUGUGAGCACUUCACUCGGUACGGGCCGUCGUUCCUCAUGCAUGGCCUUCCACCGGCUCAGGUACGCAAGGUACAACAGAUGCCGUAUGACUCCCCUAUGUUUCUGCGGAUGCGGCGGGCGGCAGAAAAGAAGGCCUUGCGGCAUCGCAUAAAGGGAGAGGAGGACGGGGAAGAAGAGAGCAGCGAUGAUGAUGAGGAUGAUGACGAUGCUGACGAGGACGAGGAGGAAGAGGAAGACGAGGAGGAGGGCGAUGAGGAAGAGGAGGAAGAGGAAGGCGAGGAGGACGAGGAAGAAGAGGAAGGGGAAGAAGAAGUAUAG